CCGUAUCAAGGAAGCCUAUUACGCCAGGGGUCUCCUGACAGACCCUUACUGAGCCCACAAAAGACCAGUUGACAGCGAUAUUAUCUGCUACCUAAUGCUUCAGCAACUUUAUUGGCUAGGGGGGAGGCGAAUAGAAGUACGACAAGAAAGUGGGAAAAGGCCAUUUUUAGCCAUCCGUGCAAACUAGCCGUAGAGUCCUUUAUAAGGAUUCGUAGUUAGAGUCACCUUACAGGUUUUUUGUGGCGUAAUUGCUGUCGAUUCGAGUCCAGUAGAAAAAGAUGUGGCUUGCCAAUGGAAGUAGUCGGAUUUUUGUUGUGCGUGGCUGUGACGUCCCUUCUGCCUUUUACCUCCAUCUCCUUCUGUCUUUUUUUUCUUCGAGCACAUAUUAUGUCCAGCCUAUCCACUAUUACGAUUGACCUGGUCCUAGACCGCUCAACAACCAAGGACGUUCUCCGCGCAAUGCUACACUCGAUACUGUUUCACAGACUAUUUGGCAUCGUCAAGCCGCAAACAUUCGAAGUCCUUGACGUGACGAUGCCCGGCGUGUCAGACCCCGAAGUCGAGCAGAUGGUACAAGAGAAAGUGGACUUGUUUUGGAAGAGCAUCGAGAAUGGUGGUAGUAAACGGGGUCAGAUAUUGGUGACAUUUUCGGAGAAACGGCAGAAGAAGGGAUGGUUUGUGUAUGGCGGUGGAGAAGAGGAUGUUCCGUGGGAGCAAUGGAUAAUUAACGCAGAAAUUCGGCAACCGCUCGAUAGAGAUCGACUCACCUUUGACUCGACGUUAGCAGCAACACUAACGAAAUCAAUUCAAACAAUGCUCACGCAUACAUCAUCGGAAAGAGGACGCUCUGUGGUGCCUCCUAUUACACACAACGGAAUCUCUCCGUUUCCGUUCAAACUCGCUGUCAAAAUAAGCGGCAUAGAAAUCGGUGGAUAAUAGUGUGCCUGUAUUUACUCAGCUAAUCUUUG